GCUCUCUGUAUCACACACUCGUUAGUUUCAGUACAGAGAUCGUAUGUGUGUGGAUGUCAAAAGACCUGCAGGAAUGUUUGGUCCGUGCCUGUACACAGCGGGUUGAUAGACCCACAAUGCAUUGGAGACAUGACAAACAAGGCCCCCUGGGAUAGCUCAAGCAGUGUGCGCAGCAUGGAGCCAACAGGCGGCUGCUCACCCACAGUUCCAGAGCCAGAGCUCUACCGCAGCAUCCAGGCUGUGCUGCCCAGAGAGAACCAGCAGGCACCAGACUGUUUCAACAAAGGCAUGCUGAGAUGGACGCUUCACAAGAAGGUUCAAAACAAUCCUGCAAACAGCUUAUCUCUGGUGUGGGUGCUGAUAAAAGAACUGGAAAAGGCUGAGAGAUGGGACUCUCGCAGAUGCAUCAUCCCUCUGCUGCACACACUGAUGUAUGCCAUCAUUCAGACAGCCUACAUUCCAGAUGAGCUGUACAAGCGUGUGUAUGACUUUUGCAAAAGACUCCUGACCUACCCUCAUCCCUACUGCACCGUAGGCCUCAGCUACACAAGACAGAUCAAAACUGAGCGCUUCAUUCCAGGUCUGAUGUACCAGAGGAUGGUCACAGCUGAGCAGAGACUAAAAAAUGAGCACUAUCCCAUUCAGGAGAGGGUCUUUGUACUGGCUGACCCAGACGUCUUCUCUAGUUCUAUGGGAGAAGUCCUGUUUGGGGGCAUUGAGGCGUCCACCUCAUCUUCAGAUGGAUUGCUAAGUCCUUUAGAUCACAUGUGUAGUGUGGUCCAACACUCAAUCCAGGCUGCUUUAGGGGCAGAGCAGUGCGACGGGCCCAAACUGGCUCGAGCUCUCAAGGACAUGGGUCAAGACGUUGAGUCGCACUUUCAGGAAGUGUUGGCGGCUCUGGAACAGAGCGCAGAGGAGGGCGGCAGAGGGGAGGGUGGAGCGCUGAGGAGCCGUCUGAAGAAGCUGUACAACAAGAUCGUCACAGACACAGACUCAGAGCCAUUGUCCAGGGGACGACUGUGUGACUGCCCUCUUCCUAACCCAGAGAUGAGCUUCCACCUCUGGACGGAUGAUCUGGAUAUCUGGCGAGAGCUGGCCAAGUGGUUUCGAUCCAGCUCCAUGUCGGAGCAGUUCUCCCUCUGCCAGGAGCAGGAGGACUUUGAGCUGGGUGAGUCGCCAAUCGACUUGAUGCCGGCAGAGAUGAGUCGCUUCUCUGUUAUGUCCAACGACAGUGGCAUCGAAAGAGACCUGCCCCCUGGCGCUGAUCCCUCCCCAUCAUCAUCUCUGGACACUGCCAGCAUGAGUUCAUCAUGGGAACAAUGCAAAAGUGAGCAAGAGUCCAUGAGGCUGUCACGGCGCGGAGGCAUCAAGAUGAAACCAUCUGUGAAGGACAAUAUGGUGCUGAUGCAGGAGACCCUGGAGGAACAUGCAAGCCUUGGAGGAGGGAGGGGAGGGAGUAAAGGGGCUACUCUACAGAGGCGGGCAGGAAGCAGCGCAAUGCAGACCCCAUUCCCCAAGCAGCAGAGACACUUUACUGCCAGGAUAGUCGUCAUGGGAGAUGACAGGGUACUGGGCCGCAUGGCCAAGGCCUACUACUUCUUCAGGAAAAGGGAAGCACGGAGGCUUUUUCUUACAAUGAAAGUCAACCUCCAGUUUUACUACAUCCCUGUUUGCAGGGCCACAAAUUCCAUCUCCUCUAUCAAGGAAAACCUCCAUCAAUCGAAGGAGAAUCUCUGCAAUCUUGGUUCCUACUUGAGCAUGGUGGACCCGUGGUACAACUCUAACAUCAACAGUUUGGGCUGCAUGAUCCCCAAACUGGCAAAAAUGCAACAGAUGAACCCAGGGAGGCCAAAAGAGCCCUUUGUGUCUGAUGUCAUUUCCUACUAUGUGCGUACCGGCCAGCAGCCGGUCUACUUCACUAUCUACUUUGUUAAGAUCACAUUCACCAGCCAGACAAAGGAACCCGUGGAAGAUGUGUUUCUUACCCAUCUAGAAAUGGAGUUUCCGGAGUUCAGACAGAUCUCAGCAUCAAUUAGAGAAAAGCCGAAGAAAAGCUCAGGGGAGUUAUGCGGAGCUGUUGUCUCGAUGAAUUACAGAAAGGUGACAUUAAGUGGCCGAGACAUUGACAAGGGAGUCUCAGUAAGGACGACAGGCGCUCAGAUCAAUGCUAUUCCCUCCAAUGAAGCAGAAGAUCUGAACUGUUUGACGCUGACACUGAAUGAAACUCCAAUAAAAACUAAAAACAGCACUGUGGAGUCAAAGAUUCGGUCCACCAACAUUAAGAUUCGCACUUUGGAGAGUCGAGCUUUCACUGUGACACUGGACAGGGAUUGUCGCAGGACCUACAGAGAUGUGCAGAGCAUCGAGAUCUCUCCAUGUCUUGAUCCUGGAUACUGCGUCCAGAAAACCAUGAGGUCCAAAGUCAAUAGGUCCAAGCCCGGAGAGGACAAAGAUGCAGGACUGAGCAAAUACUUGAACAAAGGACUCCCUCUACCAAUCAACACAUUUGCUGGUAUCAUCACCUGACAUGAUGGAUUAACUCCUGCAGAGAAACUUCAGGAUUAAGACGCUGUGUUUUGAUAGCCCGAAUGGUUUUCCCUCUGUGAUAACAGAAGUCCAGUCUGAUACAUGAACGACCACAGGAAUCAACUUUGAGUCAUACGGAGCUGCUACUGAAACCAACAUGUUUCAGUUAUGUAUGGAAAACGACUUUUAACAUGCAGAAGUGCCACUUCUCCCAGUUGACGGAAUAACCAAAACCUCAGUAAUUGGAACAUGAUUGUAUUACACAAUGGUGUAUGAUUCAACUCCCAACAGUGUUUCUACCACUGUACAUAUUUCAGCACAUAUUUACAGAUUACAGAUGGGUUACCAAAGAACAAUACUUUCCGUGCCACUAGAGAGACUGGCAGGUAAAAAAAUAAGUAAGCAAAGGUAUGCAGCUGUAUCCAUUAAAGUUUUCAGGACCACUGAUAAUUGGAUCACUAAUCAUGUAAAAUCAUAUAACUCUGCAGGCAACCUGUAAAAUCUGUUUCUCUAAGUCACCACUUGGUGAAGCAGAUUCAAAGCAUUACAACAGUCACUCUACUUCAUAGACACACUACCUUUUACUGCUUUCUUAACAGACACACACACACACUCACAGAUACAGUACACAAAAAAAGAGUGCUGACACAGAUUCUCUUGGCCUGUCAAAUACUGAGGUGUGUGGAUCGUGGAAAGACUGGUACGUGACAGCUGACAGUUACUGUUGCCUUCGACGAAACAUAAUCACUCAAUUAACUUGCGAGUGUAAGCUGUUUGUAGGUGCAAGUGAUUGACAUUCUUCUCUAGUUUAGUGUUUGGUGUGGUUGUUCAGUGCAGAAGCUCCAGGCACAUGUCAGGCACCACGACAGAACAAAGGCAGCGUUUGUGUUUAACUGCAUCAGACAGACAGGAGCAUCAUGCACAGACUGUGCUACACGAAGUAGCUGCUGACGCCACACUGAGACUCUCUCCUUCCCAGAAGACUCAGUGUUUCAUGCUUGAUAGUAUAAAAAACAAAGAGCAAAUGUUGCGUCAAGUCGAAAGUGAAAUUUUCACACAUGCCAGUAAAUAUCUCAGAUGUAUCAGUGUAGGGUGUGAAAAUCACCUUCGACUUUGGACGCAGAAUGAAAAAGGCCACUGGCCACAGACAAAAAGCCCCUUCAAAUCUCUAUAUAUAGUAAAAGCAACACACAGACUUUGAAAUGUAUUUGCUUGUUUUUGUUGUGUUGUUUUGCAUUUCUGUGUAGUCAUUCGUCUUUAUGUGGUGUUGUGUAUCUUUGUGGUCUUUUCUGUAUGUCUUUGUGGACUUUUUGUGUCCCUUUGUGGUCAUUUUGUUUCUCUCUUUAGUCAUUUUGUGUCUCUUUUCGGUGUUUUUGUCCCAUUGUGUCAUUAUUUUGUCUCUUUGCAGUUGUUCUCUUUGUAGUCUUUUUUGUUUCUCUUUCUGUUUUUUAUGUGACCAUUUUGCAUCUCUUCGAGCUCAGUAUGUCUCCAUUUGAGUGACAUUAAUUGCAGAAGGCUAGGAAGGCCCCUGAAACUCGGUUUGCCCAUUCAGUAAUCUGUCCAUGCCUCUGACGCCAGUGUGGUUAUUUCCAUGAUAUAUAAAUAUACUAAAUUGCAUCUAUUUACACUAAAACUGCAACUGAUCUAUUAUUUUCUUGUGGGAGUGAAGCAACAGUGUAAUUAUGUCAUUACUUUCCAUGUCAUAAAUACAUGAUAUCCACUAAGUUAUAGAGGGCUAUUUAGAUGUCACACAACUAUUGCUUCACUUGCUCAAGAAAAGGUAAAGGUGUGCUUUUGCCUCAUCAUUAUAAGAUUACACAGCCAAGAAUAACUCGGGAGCCUAUUUUUGAUGCAGCCCCACAGGUAUGAUCUCAUGCAGUAAAGGUCAACAGUCUAGGGAACUGGAAGUGAUGUGUUGGUAUAAAAUCACGUCUGUGUGUGUGUGUGUGUGUGUGUGUGUGCGUGUGUGUGUGCGUGCGUGCGUAUGUGUGUGUGUGCGUAGGUGUGUGGGUGCGUGUGUCUGCUGGCGUGGCAGGGUAAAGUCAUGAAAUUCAUGAAAUUUUUUGCACAUUAUUCUUCAUCUAAUGUCAUAGAUAUAAAGACGAUGCCAUUGAAAUCAAAAUGUAAUUGUGUAAAUAAAUGAU